AUGGACGCCGAUAAUCUUAUCAAGGUUGUACGUGGGCUGGACCAGAGCGGUCCAGGUAAGGAUGGGGAAAAUCUGGAUAUUCUCUGGUCUAAGCUCGUUGCAUCUUCGGAUGAUUCAUUCCACGCCGCUGAGGAGAGUACGCUCCGAUGGCUGCUCAAGUCCAUGAACGGCAAUGCGACCACCGCCGAAGCCUUGCGUCGCCACCCAUUGACCUGGACCAUGCUCGACUGCGUCUUUACACGAAUCCCUCUAUUUUCUCUCGCCAAAUCCUUAGCGGAUAGAAAGUUUGUUGCAGUCCUCCAACAGACGCUCAAGGAUGUCUCGACAGUCACCGGCGACAGCACCCAGCACACCACCAAGAAGCGAAAGCGAUCAUCGUCGGCGCAGUUUGGCAGCGACGAGACGAAACAGCCACACGGGUGUCUUGCUACUGCAAAGGCGCUGUUCACGACACUGAUAUCGCUGCUCAACCGCCUCGACGACACGACAGCUACGACCGCCCGAGACAACAUUGGUGCGGAGCAUAUCAAGUCCUUGUUCUGUAUGUCUGCUGCAGACACUGCUGCGCUUCUGGCACCCACAUUCUCCCUCUGCCAAUUGCUGGUUGAUACCGAAUCGUACGACAUCGAAGGUGCUGAAGAGUGGGUUGCCGUGGCAUCGUCGCUUUGGAACCUACAUAUGCAGGGCACUGACGACACGUCUGAGGUUGCUACCCAUCUGUUCUCUAUUCCCGCUUCUAUCCUGAGUUCUCUAGAAAACCUAUCAGAUAAAGGAGCCAGCAAUGCGCCGACCGUGCUAAAGUCCAAAUGGAGUGCAGACUUGCAAGAGUUUCUCCAGCGCAACUUGAUCCUUCCCUGCCGAACGACGUUUCUCAACCGACAGGAUUUUUCUGCCAUUACUCGCGCGUUGGAGGCAGCUGAGGCAAAAGCUCACCUGGUGGUACCCUCGCUGUAUUUCCUAGCCACAGAGUCCUCGGAUACAAAUGCCGAGGGCGAAAGGCGCAAAAAUACAGUGGAAUGGAUGAAGCGAGUUUUCGAAGAGGUUGAAGGAGUGAUUCGUCGCAACCCGGAGCAAAAUACGCUCAUCAAGCUGAUAAUUCGCCAAGCGAUCAAAAAUUCUACUCCUGUCGAUGUGAAAAAUCUGCGAGAGAUUGCGCGCGGCUAUGUUUUAGAAAGACAGCCAACAGACUGGGCACUUCUUGGUGGCGUUGUUACGUGCGACCCAGCGGUAUUCCAAACCAGCGGGGAUGGCAGCGAUUUGUUGAUAUCAAUUUGCGACAAAAUUUCAAAGUCGACUGCGCAAGAGCCUCAGGAGCCAAUUGCUGAGGUUCUAGGUGCCGUACGACAAAGUUUCGUCAUUCGACGCGAUCUCGUGGCGUUUCUGCAAUUAUGGUUUACAGAGCUGAAGAAAGCCGAGGAGAACAAGCAAGCGGAACAGUCACCGUGGUUCGGAGAGGGACCAAGGAACUACAAGGGCGAAUACUUGCAUGACUUAAUUGAGAAGGAGUUGAGUACAUCUCAGCUUUCUGAAUUUGUCGGCUGGUUAGAGUCACAACCCACGCAAUCUAGUCCCAAAUCUCUCUGCAUAGUCUGCGAUGCCAUAUCCGAGGGAUUGAAACGAGAUACCUAUAUUGACGUGGUUGGUCUACGACUGUUUCAAAUGACAUGGACAGUAUGCUCCGAGCUGUCAGAACUGCCAGCCAGAUGGCGUGUCAGCUCAAAGACGAUGCGAUGGGCAAGCCCUGAUAGAAAGACCGUCGUAUGGGAGUCAUUGAAGGACAAAGUCAAGCAGACUUUGAAAAAGGGAGGACUAGACGCCGAGGAAACAUUCGAAUGCUUUCGUUUCUGCUACGCUGCGUGGGACGCUUUAGCUACCAAUGCCGAGACCGUCAAGGAACCAGCCAAGCUCAUUACAAGCUUUUCUGAGCGGCUCGCCAAGAAGCUCAUGUCCGAGUCUGCAAUUCAGAAGAUCACAGUCUUGGAUAGGGCCGACUCCGAGUUAAACAUCUUCGACGCUGAGAUACCAGCGUCCUGCUACCUUGACGUCUUCCUUGCUGGCGGCAGCCGAUUCAACCGCCUGUUCGCGAUGGCAAGCGGCGGUGUCCCUGAGCCCCUGAAGAACGCGACGACUUCUUCUGAGCUUGAUAUUGAGGAUAAGCGAACUCUGUGGCGAAAAGUUUUCUCGAACGAUAUGAACCUCAACGAGGCAAAGCUUGCGCGAGCGCUGGUCGACCAAGUCAUUGGGGCACUAGAGCAAUCAGGCAACGAGAAACGUUGGCCGAGUAGCGAUGCGACUCUCAUUCUGCAGACCCUCAGUCGCAUUCCACUCGACAGCUUCCACCGUUGGCAACGAGAAAGGAUAAUCACCACGUUGCAUACGAACUGCGUCAAGAUGAUCAAAUCUCCUGAGAAGACGCUUCUGCCUUCAUGGAAACAAGUACUGAGCCUGACAACUAAAAUGAUGGCGCGGGCGACAUUCUACGAGGGUAUGACGUUUGAUCACCUCGUCCAACUUGCCGAUGCCGUAUCUGUCUGCAUCUCAAAAACGUCUGCUGGUGAAGAAGAGACUUUGGAGAUGAUUGAACGGUUUUCCCAGAUGGCCUCUGCGACUCUUCGCCAAAUGGCGGAGCAGGUGGACGAGAGAAGCACAAAAUACUUUGGCGAUUGCUCUGCAUAUAUUUCUACUGCGACUGCAACCAAGUUUGAGCACGUUUCUGGCCUUCAUUACACUUUGAUCAGGUCAUUGAUAUCAGUUCUCGCGAAGUCACCAAACACGCAAAACAACGAAACACUGAACAAGCUUGUCGCUGAGAGCCAAGGUAUGCUGGCCAGGGCCAUCAUGUCUGUCAUCAACCCUCUGAUUACGGCCAAGGCGCUUCCGGCGGAGCUCAGCCCGGUCGAGACGCUGCAGCUUCUCGCGGCUACAGAUGCGGCGCCGUUGGCUGCUCCGCUGGCGCAAUUUUACCAGGGCAAGGAGCCGGCGGCUCUGCAGACGUUUGCCGACAGCUGCAGCAGCAAGAUGACAAGGGGCGAUGUUACCGCCUGGAAGCUUCAGACCCUGCUGCGCAAUGAGCUGCCUACGGCGUUUCAGCUACCAGCGCCAAGAACAUUCGACGUCCUCGCGCCCCUCCCACGAAAGCUACAAUCCAAACUCCUCUGUGACUUGACCAACUCCAUCACAAAGUCACUGCGCGUGCAAGAAAAGGUAGCCUAUCUGCGCGACCUGGUCGAUGCCCUGCGCGCUGGCUGCUUCACCGAUGGCCAGACUCUCGCCAUCCAACAAGUCGUCCACGACAUCAUCGCGUCGCCCGACUACACGGGCAAGUACGACGGCUACGAUCUCGCCGCCGCCUACAGCGAGAUUGUCACGGUGCUCAGCAAAGCCCCCGCGCCGGGCCACGUGGCCCUCUGCCGCACGCUGCACUCUCUUCUCGAGCGCAAACCGCAGGCCGUCAGCCAGUGGGACGUCGAGGCCACGCUGAGCACAAUCUGCGACCUGUCGGCCGCCCAGGACGCCGACCAAGCGCGGGUGCCGUACGUUUGGCUCUGCAAGCUCACCGACGUCAUCAUCAAGAAGCACCGGCUGCGCCUCGAGGGCCACUAUCAUCUGUUGCUGACUGUCUUACAAACGCUGCUGGACCGGCUAGUGACCGCUGAAGUCGGAGCGGAGGCGACGGCGUCGCAGGAGACCAAAGCGCAUGCCUAUGCGCGCCUGAUUACGCUGGUUUGUGAGCCGACGGCAGGCGCCGUGUCGCGCACGCAGCAUCAGGGCGCCCUGGACUCGGCGACGGAUGCCGCCAAACGCUCCGCUGGACGACAUAUGCAUCUGGUCCUCAUGCAGUACGUCAAGCUGCAGCUCACGGAAAACGUGCCGCGGCCGAUCCGCGAGGCGUUGGAGCCGGCUAUGAAUUCCAUCUUCGACAUUACACCACCCGAGGGGCGCAAAAUCCUCAACGAUGCCAUGGAUGCGAGCGGCAGAGCCAUUUUGCGAGAAAUGUUCAAGCGAUACGUCAAAUUUGGUAAAUGGAGCGGAGUUUAA